AUGCUGGACCGAAUCAAAUACGCCAUGGACCAUUUGUCCCACAAAGAACACAUCACCCAGCUGGCACGGCCGAACUGGAGGAGGACUCAAACGAAGAAUAUCAACGUUGAGUCGAAGCCGUUCAACGUCCGUAUACCAGCGUUAAAAGCGCGCGCGUCGAAGAGAGUGAAAGUGAUGGCAAAGCCGAAACACGAGAACAAAAAAUACGAUCCAUCAAAAGCACCACCGGCGUCCCCGCGAAUCCAUCCGAAAACACUCGCUGCCAAAACGACGAAACGCAUCAUGGACUUGGCGCUUCCGAAAAAGAGAGUGCUGCUGGCGAACACCAAGUUUCCUACCACCGCGAAGAUAAACGAGACGCUGUGGAAGGUUCAGAACUCGCGGUACCGGAAGUACCGAUACUUCUGCAACGCGAAGCAACAGAGAGAAGCGAAGAAGAACCAGAAGAUAAUGGCGAAACUACACCGGGCGAUCAAACCGGACGAGUGGGAUCAACAUGUGGAACUGCUCAACUUACUGGCCACGCCGAAAGUGCCUCCUAAGCCAAGGUUCCUCGGGAAGAAGAAAGAAUGGCGGCCGGUGAACACGCGAAGGAUCGAAGAGUUGUCGUCGCCUGUGUCGAGGGAUGUUCCGGAAGGUAAAGAUCCUUUCACUGUCCCGAAAACCGCUCUCAUCUACAGGAUCACGAAACGUCUUCAAACUCUCGCACAGCACAAGUCAACGCCGGAAACUCCUGCCCCGCGAAACCUGGGCGAGGUGAACAAAAGCGCGUUAAAAGCCGUAGCUAGCCCUUGGACGAUAAAACUGGCGAAGCCGGUUGAACGGCCUGCAGGGAUGCAGACGGACCUACGUGAGGACGCGUUCACCGUGUUGCCCAGAGCUUUAAAGGCCAAGUGCUCGAGGCGGUUGAAGUCUUUAGCCAGGCCCAAGAAGAGGAGCUGA